AUGGAGAACAUGCUCGGUCUGAAAAAGCAAAAGAUGCUGGCCAUCGACUCGACUGAGGACAGCGUUGAUAUUCUGCAAGAAAUGCUGAGAAGCACGGACGAAAUUUACGUCGACGUGGAUCGUGAGCUCCAGGCCAGAGGGAUGGACCAAGUGCCUUGUCCGGGUAAAACGUGUCGAGCAGACCGUCACGUGAGGAACGAUGUCUUUUUGGAAGUCCUGGAGAAGCAGUUGGUACCUUUCCCCGCUAAGAAAACUGAGAGGGCAGUGUGGGGUGCGCUGGGGCAAGUUGGGAUGCAAGCGCUGCAGUGUGUUAAGGAUAUCAACGCCCAGGUUGAUUUCUACGCCCAGAACUCGCAGGAGACGGACGAUACGAUGAUGAUCAGCUAUGCUGCGGCCUCCUCGGGCUUUAGAGGCUCCGAGGUUCAAACGGUUCGCGUUCGGAAGGUGAUGCGGAAAUAUGUGGAAGAGAAUCGCACGGUGUUUGUGUGCCGGUUGGAAACGCUGCCUGAGCGCGUGAGGAUUAGACUGUCC